AUGGAUGAGGUGAUAGGACAGAUGCCUUCCACUAAGCCUCCUGUCCUAAUGUCCUCUCUCCCUGAGGACACUCCAGGGCCAAGCACAGCAGUGGGUGACCAAAACGACAGUGAUGAUGAAGCGGGUCAGCCACCUACGACAGGGAGGAAGAGGAGAAGAGAUGAUGAGCUGCUAGACCUCAUCAGAGAGGACAUGAGAGUGGACCAGCAGAGCUCAGUGGUUCCCGGUGGUCAGUCUGCCCAGCAGCAUCAAAAACAACUGGACUCCAUAUUUAUGCUGCUGGAGGACAACAUCAUCAUUUUUGUGAAGAAUGAGUUGAAGAAGAUCCAGAAGGUUCUGAGUCCAGAUUACCCAGAACGCUUAGAGAGUCAGAGGGAGGAGGAUGAGCAGAAGAGUAGCAGAGAGGCAUUUCUGAAGAUCACACUAAACUUCCUGACGAGAAUGAAGCAGGAGGAGCUGGCUGACUGUCUGCAGAGCAAAGGAGGUUGUGAAGCUCUGUCCGCAGUUUUCUGUUCCUGGUCGUCUAGUCUGCGAGAGCUGGACCUGAGUAUAAUCAGCCUGCAGGAUGCAGGAUUAAAGCUUCUGUCUGCAGGACUGGAGAGUCCACACUGUACAUUGGAAACAUUUAGACUUAGUCUCUGUAACCUAACAGAGAGAAGCUAUGAAGCUCUGGCCUCAAUCCUCAGCUCCCAGUCCUCUAUUCUGAGAGAGUUGGACCUGAAUAAUUCUGAUCUGCAGGAUUCAGGAGUGAAACUUCUGUCUCUCGGAGUAUAGAGACCACACUGUAAAUUGGAAGCUCUCAGGUUGUCAGGCUGUCUUAUAACAGAGGAAGGCUGUAUUUCACUGGCCUCAGCUUUGAGCUCCAACCCCUCCCAUCUGAGAGAGCUGGACCUGAGCUACAAUCAUCCAGGAGACUCAGGGAUGAAGCUGCUGUUGUCUGGACUGAAGGAUCCAGGCUGGAGACUGGACACUCUCAGGGUGGAGCCUGCUGGAGUCCGAUGGUUGAGACCAGGUCUGAGGAAGUAUUCCUGUCAACUCACAAUCGACACAAACACAGUACACACACACUUCAAACUCUCUGACAACAACAGGAAGGUGACACGUGUGAAGGAGGUUCAGCCAUAUCCUGAUCAUCCAGACAGAUUUGAUAUUCGACAUCAGCUGCUGUGUAGAAAUGGUCUGACUGGUCGCUGUUACUGGGAGGUCGAAUGGACAGGAGAUGUUUAUAUAUCAGUGAGUUACAGAAGAAUCAGAAGGAAAGGAGGCAGUGAUGACCUUGUGUUUGGAUGGAAUGAUCAGUCCUGGAGUCUGUGGUGCAGUCAUGGUCAUCCUCGUUCUGUCUGGCACAAUAAGAGACAAAAAUCCAUCUCCUCCUCCUCCUCUUCCUCCUUCAUCUCUAACAGAGUAGCAGUGUAUGUGGACUGUCCUGCUGGCACUCUGUCCUUCUACAGAGUCUCCUCUGACACUCUGAUCCACCUCCACACCUUCAACACCACAUUCACUCAAACUCUUUAUCCUGGGUUUGGACUCUGCUUUGAUUCCUCA